AUGUUUGGCGACAUCUGCGUCGAGUCUAACGAUACCUCAAUCGACAACCUCACGUGCCUCUACAAGGAGCCGUCCUUUUUCAAGAUGGCCGCCGAAGCUUCCGGUUUGGCGCAGCUGGAUGUCUUCCUCGCUGGAAUAUUCGCCGAAUGGAACAUCUACUCGACCGCCAUUGCAACAACCAUCACUCUCUUCCUUGUGUACAAUCUCUUUUCCUCGAGCGAUCCCGACGUCCAUCCGUUCCUGCUUGCCAGACAGGCUACCGAAGCUCCUGUCCGACAGCCCGGCCGGUCGGCGGCUUUUAGAAGUCUGGAGGUCCCCCAUGGCUUUCCUCUGCGGGCAGGACUCAACGUGAAGGACCCUGAUGCCCCUAGAUGGACUGGCGGGCGCAACGGAGAUCUUCGAGAUGUCUGGCGAGCGGCUGCUCGUGGAACGACCGGCGAAAAUGCCGGCCAACGCGGCAAAAUCCAUAGUGUUCUGGGGAAAAACACGGUUGAUCACAGCCUUGAUGAUGUGACUGCAGAAAUCAAUGUUAUCGGCAGGCAGAUCCAGGAGUCUCAAGUAAAGACUGUUGCCGUGAGCUUGUCCGACUCGGUGGAGCUGCUAGCUUUGAUCUUCGCUGGCGCCUUCUACAACUUUCAGGUUGUGAUAAUCCCCCACAACCUCGCCCCAAAAGAUCUGGCAACUUAUUUGAAAAAGGCCCAGGCCCAGCUGCUAGUUGCUGAAGCCGGUGCUGUUGACCUCACUAUUGUUUCCAAGGGCAAUGCGCAAUUGAAGCAUGUCAUCUGGGUAGUGAAACAAGGUAGCAGACAUAUGGAUUGGAGCGAGGUCCCUGAUGGUAUUGGAGGCAAUCUUGACGUAUCUGUUUGGCACGAGACCGUCAAGGAGAAAAAGCAGUUGACUGAUACCGAGGUUCCUGCGUCUGAACCAAAAUCUGAAACUCCUUCAAUUUUGGCUGUAUGGCCGUCAUCUGGAGAGUUCAUUGAAUACAAGCCCCAGAAUCUUGUAUCCGGCAUCGGCGCUAUUCUCAGCUCUCUCCCAAAGACCCAGCGACUCAGCCCAACCGACGUGGUGCUAUCAGUCGACUCCCUUUCACGCCCGUAUCCGCUAUGUUGGGUCAUGGCUGCUCUCUACUCCAAUUCGUCGGUUGCUCUCAACUCGGUAGCAGGAGAACAUGUCGACUUUGCCCUUGCAACAGCUGGCAUAUCGCCCACCGUGAUUUUGUCUUCGGCUCGCACUGUUGCUCAGUACCACAAGAAGAUCAUGAAACCCCACACAGGACCAAUUUCUUCUCUGAGCCGUUGGAUCCAAGCCCGGGCUCUUGAUGCUGGCAAAAUGCCGUCGCAAAACAUUUUCAGUCGAUUAGCAAACCUAGGCCCCACUGCUGAACUAUCACUGUCCAAGCUGCGUUUGCUUGUGAUUCCUUUCCGUGUGGACGAGUCAUCUGACGAUCUUCUCACCAGUGAGCAGUUGACCGACCUGCGGAUUUUCACCGGAGCUCGCGUUAUUUAUGCUUUGACUGCACCGGGAGUGGCUGGCGCUGUCAGUCAAACCCACGUAUUUGACUAUAGACGAAACACAGGUCUGGCACACUUUGGCGCUCCACCCAGUAGCGUGGAAAUCGUUCUCAGUGGCCAUGCCGAGGACUCUGGCAUCGAGAGAGCCACCGAAGGACAGCUUAUUGUGAGUGGGCCGGCAGUCGUUGGGGGCACGACCACGAUCCCCGUACGUGCGCGGUUCCUUCAAGACAACACCCUGCAAUUGCUCAAGUAA